GCUCUCUGCCGGUCGUCCAGCCUGAUCCUCGUGCACGCGCGAUCUGCUGCCGCUGGAGGGACCGAGUGGAUCAACUUUGGUAGCAAUCGGGGGCGGGAGCCUUGGAGGCUGAGGCUGCAACUUUGCGGAAAGGAUGAGUGUGGACUGGCUUGGCUACGGUUAUGCAGCACUGGUUGCUUCAGGUGGAAUAGUUGGCUAUGCAAAAGCAGGUAGUGUUCCUUCUCUAGCUGCUGGUCUCCUUUUUGGUAGUUUAGCAGGACUGGGUGCGUAUCAGCAGUCUCAAGAUCCAAAGAAUGUUUGGCUUUCUCUGAUUGCAUCUGGAACUCUAACUGGUGUGAUGGGAAUGAGAUUCUAUAACUCCAGGAAAUUCAUGCCUGCAGGACUAAUUGCUGGUGCCAGCUUACUAAUGGUGGGGAAACUGGGACUACAGAUGAUGGAGAAGCCCCUUCAGCCGUAAUUGUGCAGCGGAUAAGAAGCAGAUGAUUUUCUGAAGAGACCGCUUUCGAAAUGCUUGAACUGAGCAGUGAAAACAAUCACAAUUAUUGACUCCCCCCUCCCCCCCAAAUAGUACAAUACAGAAAUGGACAGAGGCUAGUGAGGGCACAAAUGAGUCCCAGGCAUUAUCUUAGAAAGCAGGCCCUCAGCUUACGCACAUUUUGAGUCAAUUUCUUUCCUAAUUGGUCCCAGCCUGUGGAAACUUUUUAUACAUUUUACAGACUUUUCCCAUUUAUGGCAUGGCAUGGCCAAGGAUAUUAAACUACAAGAGCACCAUGUUUGUGACACCAGGUUAUUAUUUUUAUUGACUACUGUUGCACAGUUGCUCAAGGCUACAUCUAUAUUACAGCCUACUUCUGACAGUUUUUACCAAAGCUGUGAGCACUUUAAAAUGAUGUAUGGAAAACCCUGAUGGUUGUAAGCAUUGUUACACAUAUGUAUCAUGUUUACUUCCCAGCCCUGCCCCCACAUUUAAAUGCUAUCUAUGGAUUUAAUACAAAUGUGUAUCUUUUCUUAAGUCGGCCUACAAUCAAGAGACAGCAUUUAAGCACAUAGUAUUUUUCUCUUUAAAAUCAGGUUGAAAUUUGCUAAUUUUCAUGUAACAGCAAUUGGAACAAUGAUUUGUUUAUUAAUAAAACAAGUAGUUCUUCUGGG